AUGCACAAUACUAUUGACGAUGAUGAUGACGCCCAUAUCAACCCCAAUCAACCACCAACCAAUAGUAUAAGAGAUAUCAUAUUUUCAAAUUCCCCAUUAGAUCAAUAUUUACAAUCAUUAAAUGAAAAUGGUGAAAAAAAUGAUAACAAUUAUUUUUUAGAAGGUGAAGUUUUAUCAUUCGAGGAUUUUAAUCAAGAUAUUCAAGAACAAAAUCAAGAAAAAGAACAAAUUGAAAACAAUGAUAAUAAUGAUAAUGAUAAUAACAAUAAUGAAUAUAACGAGAAUAAAGAAAGAACAGAUUUAAAGUCAUCUUCAUAUUUCAAUAGCGAUUUAAAAAUAUUCUUUUUAUCAUUAUAUCAAAAUAUUUCUUCUACUAUUAUAGAUUCAGAUUUAUUACAUCCACAGGAAUCACCAUUUAUUCAAAACCCAAACUUUUCAUUAGACUUUAAUCAUGAUGAAAAUGAUGAGGAUGAUAACGAUCAACUACCACCAAUCUAUCCGCUAUCAAUAUUAAAUAUAUCAAACAACAAUAUUAUUAAUAAUAGUUUUUUGAAAAAUAAAAAAAUUUAUCUUUAUAAAUAUUUAAAUAACGUUUUUCAUAAAAAUAUCAGUAGUAAUAAUAAAAUUAUAAUAUCUUCAAUUUUAAUAAUAAUACCAAUAAUAUUGUAUAUUAUAAAUCCAAUAAUUUUAAUAAUGCUUUCAGUUUUAUUAGCCAGUAUAAUAAUAUCAACCAUAAAAUAUAUAAAUUUAAAAAUUAAAAGUAUCAAUAAGAAAACAGAUCAUAUUAGCACCCAAAUUAAAUCACUUAUUGAAACCAGUUCAUUACAUUGCGACAACCUAACUAAAUCAAUUCAGCUAAUACGUGAAGUUGAAUUAAUCUCAAGAGGCUAUAGACUAUCAACACCCCUAACACCAAUUGAAAGACUAGAAAUAAACAAUCCAAAUUCUAAUAGUGGAGCAAACAAAUCAGAAAAAUCUUUUAUUUUAAGAGCAGGUGUAUCAAAAUCAUUAAGAACCUCAAUACAAUUAUUUAAACAAAUUAUUGACACAAAUUUUUCGAACAAAUUAACAAAUAAACAAAAAAGGUUAUAUAUAAAAUCAAACCUAUCAAACUUGUACACUGAACCAAUUAAUAAUAACAACAAUAAUAAUAAUAAUGAAGAAGAGGAUGAAGAACUAUUAAGAAUGGAAUAUGAUUCACAGCUUCCAAUUAUAACAUUAAAAAUGAUGCUGCAUCAAUAUCAACUUAUGAUUUCAAAUUUUUUUACAAUUUUAAUAAUUUAUAGUUCAAAUAUAUUUUAUAACAAUGCCAAAAACAACCAAACAAAUAUAAAUAUAAAUAGAAUACUAAAAUCACUUGAUAUUAAUAAUAACAAAUCAGAUUUAAAUAUUUUAUUCAAUUUAAACAACAUCCUCAGUUUGUUGAAUGAUUUAGAAAUUGUUUUAUAUAAUUUACAUUCUAGACUUUCAAUCGAAAAUAACUCAAUUAAAUCAUUGAUUUCAAAAGAACUUUGGGAUAACAAAAUACCAAAAAGAGUUUUAAUUUCAAAACCAAAAAAAACAAUUGUAGAAUCUUUUAUUUAUAGCACCAAUCAAAUAGCCGAAUCUUUAAAUGGAAUCUCACCCCUAUUUACAAGCCUACAUAAUAAAAUCAAACCAUUUGAACAACAACAAAAAGAAGAACAAGAUACUCAAGAUGAUGAAUCAAUUUCAAUUAUUGAUAUAUUAAAACUAGAUGAAGUUGUGAAUGAUUUUAUUAAAGUAAAAUCAGAACUAAACCACUGCUUAAAGAAUUGGGAGAGUGCAAAUAAAUCUUUAGUUAAAAUGGUUAGAUCAAUACCCACCAACAACCCAAAUCUACAAAAAGAAUGGAGUGAAGAAGAAGCAAGCGAAAAAUUAAAGACACUCUUAGAAAGAUUAAAAAGCCAUAUUUCAUCACACAAUGAAUUAAUUGCAGAUGAAGAUAGCAAUGUCGAUAAUAGUAACAAAUUUAAAGAUUACAAAUUCCCCGAUAUUAACUCCAAUAAUAAUGAUCAAUGGCAAUUUUAUGAAGAUAUUGGGGAUUUAGAUGUAUAUAUUGAAAAACCAAUACCACCACCUCCACCACCGCUAUUAAAUGAUAAUGAAGAACAAUCAACCACUCCCUCUCCAUUAACCUCUGCUCCACCACCCCCACCGCCCCCAGGUAAAGGUUUACCAAGAAGAACAAAACCACCUAAAAGAACUGUAUUUGACCCAGAUUUCGACCCAAUCACUCAAACAAUGAAAAGUAAAUCAUCACCCUCUACUUUAUCAUCACAAAAACCAUCCUCAUCAGACCCAAACCUAGGUGUGCUUAUCCCACAAAAAAAAGUUAUUACGGAAUUAAGAUCAGUUUUAGAUAUCCACAUUUCUAAAAAAAACUUACCAAUAUAA